AUGGCGAGUAGGCGCGAUUUCCUUAGCCAGCCGGCGCCCGAGAAUUAUGUGGCCGGUCUCGGUCGCGGAGCUACUGGCUUCACAACCCGGUCAGAUCUCGGUCCUGCGCGCGACGGACCCAGCGAAGACCAAAUCAAAGCCGCCGUCGCAAAGCGGUCGGCCCAGCUCGGACUGACUCCCGCGAAAGACGACGACAAUGACGACGAUGAGCGGUACCAAGACCCCGACAAUGAGGUUGGGCUUUUUGCUGGUGGCAUCUACGAGAAGGACGACGAAGAGGCUGAUCGGAUAUGGAAAGAAGUCGACGACAGGAUGGCCAGGCGCCGCCAAAAACAGAGGGAAGCACGAGAGAAGGCCGAGCGCGAAGAAUACGAACGCAAGAACCCAAAGAUCCAGCAGCAGUUUGCUGGGCUCAAGAGGGCGCUCGAGACGGUGACGGACGAAGAAUGGGCCAACCUCCCGGAUCCCAAGGAUCUAACCGGUCGCACGAAGAGGGCUCGGCAAGAACGGAUGCAACGAUUCUACGCUGUUCCCGAUAGCGUCCUGGCGGCUGCGAGGGACCAGGGGCAGUUUGGGACCACCGUCGCCGACGACGGCACGGCCACCGAGGUGAACAAGGACGGCACCGUGACCGACUUUGCAAAGAUCGGCGCGGCCCGCGACAAAGUGCUACGGGCCCGCCUGGAGCAGCAGUCGCAGACCAGCGGUAUCGCCACCGCCGGAAGCGCGACGAGCAUCGACCCCAAAGGUUACCUGACGUCGCUAUCGAACGUCCAGAUCGCCGAGCAGAGCAUCGGGGACAUCGAGCAGUUUCGGAAGAUGCUCAAGUCCGCCGUCGACUCGAACCCGAAACAGGCGGCCAGCUGGAUUGCCGCGGCCAGGUUGGAAAUUGCGGCCGGGAAGCCUGGCGCUGCCCGCACACUGAUCGCCAAAGGCUGUCAACAUUGUCCUAAGAGUGAGGAUAUCUGGCUCGAGAACAUCCACCUCAACGACAACCGCAGCGCUAAGGUGAUCGCUGCGCAGGCCAUCCAGGCGAACCCCCACUCGGUCAAGCUGUGGGUGGAGGCGAUGAAACUUGAGAACGACUUGAGGUCGCGAAAGAAGGUGAUCCGGCGCGCGCUGGAUCACAAUCCCGAGUCCGAGGCGCUGUGGAAAGAAGCGGUCAAUCUGGAGGAGGACCCCGCCGACGCGCGCAUGCUGCUCGCCAAAGCCACGGAGCUCAUCCCCGAGUCUCUCGACCUGUGGCUGGCUCUGGCGAGGCUCGAGACGCCAGAUAAUGCUCGCAAGGUGCUUAAUAAGGCGGUCAAGAAGCUCCCAACUUCGCACGAGCUGUGGAUCGCCGCCGCCCGUCUCGAGGAGCAGUUGGGAGAGGGCUCAAAGCGGCCGGUGAUGAAGAACGCCGUCACGUUCCUGGCCAAACGAAACGCCAUGCCAAAGCGUGAGGAGUGGAUUGCCGAGGCCGAGAAGUGCGAGGAGGAAGGAGCGGUGCUGACAUGUAGCAACAUCAUCGAGGAGACGCUCGGAUGGGGCCUGGAUGAGGACGAUGACCGCAAGGAGAUAUGGAUGGAGGAUGCCAAGGCCAGCAUCAGCCGGGACAAGUUUGCGACCGCCCGCGCAAUCUAUGCCUACGCGCUGCGGGUGUUCCCCAACAGCAGGAGUCUGUACCUGGCUGCAGUGGACCUGGAACGGAAUCACGGCACCAAGGACGACCUGUGGCGGGCUCUCGAGAAGGCCCUUAACGAGGCCCGCCGGGUGUUGGCCAGGGCGUUCAAGCAGAACCCGGACAACGAAGACAUCUGGCUGGCCGCGGUCAAGCUGGAGGCCGACAAUGGCUUCACCGACCAAGCCCGCGAUCUCCUCAAGACGGCUCGCCAGAACGCCCCGACAGACCGGGUCUGGAUGCGGAGCGCGGCGUUCGAGAGGCAGCUGGGCAACAACGAAGCCGCGCUCGACCUGGUGCAGGACGCGCUCCAGCUCUUCCCCGCCGCGCCAAAGUUGUGGAUGAUGAAGGGUCAAAUCUACGAGGACCUAGGGAAACUCCCGGAGGCCAGGGAGGCAUACGGCACCGGCGUGCGCGCGGUGCCGUCUUCGGUGCCGCUCUGGCUCCUGUACUCGCGCCUGGAGGAACGCUCCGGCAACGUCGUCAAGGCGCGCAGCGUGCUCGACCGGGCACGGCAGGCUGUGCCCAAGUGCCCCGAGCUCUGGACCGAGCUCAUCCGGGUGGAGCGGCGGGCGGGCAACAUCAACCAAGCGAAGAGCCUCAUGGCGACAGCGCUCCAGCAGAUGCCCAAGAGCGGGCUGCUGUGGGCGGAGCGCAUCCUGCACCUGGAGCCGCGCACGCAGCGCAAGUCGCUCAUCACCGAGGCCAUCAAGAGGGUCGAGGACGAUCCAAUACUGCAGGUGACGGCGGCGCGGAUCCUGUGGGCGGAGCGCAAGCUGGAUCGGGCCCAGAACUGGUUCGAGCGUGCGCUGCUGCUGGACCGCGACAUGGGAGACACGUGGGCCUGGUACUACAAGUUCCUGUCGCAGCACGGCACAGAGGAGAAGAGGGCCGAGCUGGUGGCCAAGUGCGUGCUGAACGACCCGCGCCAUGGCGAGCACUGGCAAGCGAUAGCCAAGGAUCCCAAGAACGCGGGCAAGAAAACCGAGGAGAUCCUGAAGCUUGUCGCAGCGUCCUUGAGCUAG